AUGGUCCACACACCUCUGGGCAGGAUCCGGGGUGUGCCGGCCGACGACGGGGACUACGCCAUGUUCCUGGGCAUACCGUACGCCAAACUCAACGCCAGCAAUCCCUUUGGGGCAACAACUCCUCACGAAAAAUUCGACAAAGUAUUUGAAGCGUUCUCCGAAUCGGAAAUAUGUCCCCAGAUCAGGGAAGUCCAGGGUAGUACCGACGCCCCGUACGGCGGUGGCCUGGACUGCCUCACCCUCAACGUGUACGUCCCCAACACGAGGACCGGAGACCGAGCCGUUUAUAUUUUCAUGUUCGGGGGGCAGUUCACCCGCGGUCGAAGCGACAGGAGCUACUACGGACCGAGGUACCUCGUGCGUCACGAUGUCAUAGUGGUCACUUUCAACUACAGACUCGGCCCCUACGGGUUCAUGUGUACGCACAUACCCGAGGUGCCCGGCAACCAGGGACUUCGGGACCAGCGCGACGCCAUCGGAUGGGUCCGAGAUAACAUCCGAGCGUUCGGGGGCGACCCCCAGAGAAUCACCAUAGGCGGCCACAGCUCCGGCGCCAUGACGGUGGAUAUGCACAUACUGACCGAGCGACCCAGGCUGUUCCAGCAGGCCAUCGUGCAGAGUGGAACCGCCACGUACUCUGGUUUUCUUGGACCCACUGAUAAAAUGUCACUGACAAACAUCGCCAGGGACCUCGGCUUCGAGACUAACGACACGUAUGCCGCGCUAUCGUUCCUCGCUAGUGCUAGCCCUGAGACCGUCAUCAGGGCGACGAUAAAUAAAUACCAGUGGAAACCGUGUAUCGAAGACGAAUUCGAGAGAGUCGAGUCGUUUAUUUCUGAGAACCCUGAGCUGUCGGCGGGGUCGAACGUCGACGGACUGAAGCGACAACUACGCAAGUACGCGAAACACAGAGACACGAGUGUGUACAUGUACAUGUUCUCGUAUGAUGGUCGUCGAAACAGAAUGAAGAGGUUUUACAAUAUUUCCCAAGCUGGAGCAACUCACUCCGACGAACUGGGGUACAUAUUCACCAUGGAUUUCAUUCCAGACGAACCGAACAGCGAGGACCAAAGUAAAAUUGACCAAAUAACGACGCUGUGGACCAACUUUAUUAAAUACGGGAACCCAACCCCCGAGAGGUCAGCGCUGCUGCCGGUGUCAUGGACGCCGCUGACUGGCGACACCGUGCCCUGUCUACAGAUCGGCACCAACUUAACCCCCAUAUCGCGCCCUUUCCACCAAAGAAUGACAUUCUGGGAUCUGUUUUUUGAUACGUAUUUUGAUACUUGUCCCGUGAUAAUCGAGCUCCAGGAGCGCGGUCCACAGAUGCGUGCAUUUUUCACAUCGAGCUCCUAG